UCCUUAUUUUUAGAGAUUUAAAGUCAAUGGAAUCCGGUGUAGUUGACGGAAUGGAAUUAUUAGAAUGGCUACAGACUGGUGUUGGCGAUGAACGGGAUAUGCAAUUAAUGGCACUUGAACAGUUGUGCAUGACAUUAUUGAUGAGCGACAAUAUUGAUAGAUGCUUUGAAAGUUGUCCUCCACGCACUUUUCUGCCAGCAUUGGGUCGGAUAUUUAUUGAUGAAAGUGCGCCUGAAAAUAUUUUGGAGGUAACCGCUCGAGCAAUAACCUAUUAUUUGGAUGUUUCAAAUGAAUGUACUCGUCGAAUUACUCAAGUUGAAGGAGCAAUUAAAGCAAUUUGUAAUAGGCUAUUACUUGCCAAAAUGACUGACAGAACGAGCAAAGAUUUGGCCGAACAAUGUGUUAAACUUUUGGAACAUAUUUGUCAAAGAGAGGCUAGUGCUGUUUAUGAUGCGGGUGGUUUACAGGCAAUGCUUCACUUGAUAAGCCACCAUGACCAUUUACACAAAGACACAAUGCAUUCUGCAAUGGCUGUAAUCACCAAACUGUGUGCCAAGAUUGAACCUUUUGACUCAAAUUUGUCAGAAUAUAGCAAAAAUUUGGGCGAUUUGUUAAGUCAUGAUGAUGAAAAAAUUGCGGAGUGUGCUUUGAGAUGUUUCGCUGCAAUGACUGAACGUUUUAUCCGUCGUCAAAUGGAUCCUGUAGAAUUGGCUAGACCUAGCAAUUUAAUUGUACAUUUAUUUGAUUUGCUCAUACCUCCAGAACAGAAAAACAAUUUUUCUGAAGAUGAAAAGAAGGAAAAACAAAUUGAAAAAAAUAUGGAGCUUUCACGCAAUUCUGCUUUUAUUUCUGCUGUUUUGGCUUUAUUUGCUAAUUUGUGUAAAGCAAGUCCGACUGUUACUGCAGAAAUUCUUCAUUCUCCAAAACUUGUUUUUGCUUUACGGGUUGUUCUCAAUUGUAAAGAUGAGCGUUGCAUAAAUGAUUGCCUUCGUUUUAUUGAUUUUUUGCUUGUUUUGCUCUGUGAAGGGCGUGCUUCAAUUUCUAAACAUUGUUCUUUUGCGGAUACAGGUGCUGUUUCUUCUCUAGACAAGGCACAUCGCAACCUUAUCGACUCAAUUAGACAAAGAGACACUGAUGCUUUAAUUGACGCUGUUGAAAAUGAAUCUGUUGAUCCAAAUAUGACAGACGAUGUAGGCCAAACAUUAUUAAAUUGGUGUGCAGCUUUUGGAACACCUGAUAUGGUUAUUUAUUUGUGUGAUAAAGGAGCUGAUCCAAAUAAAGGAUUGAGGUCGUCUUCUUUACAUUAUGCUGCGUGUUUUGGAAGGGCUGAGAUUGUCAAGAUUCUUUUGCGUUAUGGAGCUAAUCCUGACUUGCAAGAUGAAGAAGGCCGCAUAGCAUUAGAUAAGGCUCGCGAACGCAAUGAUGAAGCUCACCAAAUUGUUUGUGAAAUUCUUUCAAAUCCAGGAAUUUAUAUGAGUUCUUCAAUUACUUGUGCAGCAUUAAAAGAACAAGAUAAAAAGGAAGAAAAACAAGCAACAGUUAAGGAACAAAAGGAGGCUGUAAAAAUUGAAGAAGAAACAAAUAUAGACCCUGGUUUAGCAGAAAGUUUUAUUCAACAAUUGUUGCCAAUUUUUUGUACAAUUUUCAAGUCUUCUCUUUCAACUGCAAUUCGUCGUGUUACACUUACUUUAAUACGCAAAAGUAUUUUUCAUAUUUCUAAUGAUGGCUUAUUAGAUGUAAUUUCUUUUAAAAAAGAAUUAGUUUCAUCAAAUCAACAAAAACAACAAAGUGGUUUUGUUGAAAUGCUUAUUGGGGUUUUAAUAAUUAUUCUGGAAAGUGGAGAAAAUAAUGUAGAUGCUAAAGAGCAGGCUUUAUUGAUAAUAAAAUCUUUAUUACUUAAAAAUGCCAAAUUUUGGUCUGAACAAUUAAUCAAAUUGGGUGUUUAUGAAAAAAUUGAAAUUUUGGCAAGAGAGGCAGCAGAAGAAACAACAACAAAAACGUCAAAUGAAAAAGAAAAUAAUUUUGAGGAAAAAAUUGGAGGUUGUUCUUCAACAACUUUAGGAGGAGGAAAUGCUGAAUCAACAGCAUUAAAUAAUAAUAAUAAUUUGGCGGCUUUGUCUUGUGGUGAAAAAAGGGAAGAGGAUAAUAUUUCAACAAAUUCUGUAUAUACAGCUAAUAGAUCAAUAUCUUCAACACCUUCAAUUAGUUUACGUUCUGAUUCGACAGUUCCAUCAACUGAUUUAAACAUUGCCAGAAAUAAUCAAAAUUCUGCAAACAACGAUGAAAUUACUCCAUCCCCAACAAAUGAAUUAAUUGUUGAUGAACGAAGACUUUCAUGCUCUACAGCUAAAGAAGAAGUUGAAAAUAAUUUGAUUGGAGAAGAAGAGGAAGAAGGUGUUGAAAUUGAUACACAAAUAUUUAAUAGCGAUUUGGUUGAAGCUGCUACAACUAUUGCACAGGCAUUGGGUGUUCAAAUAGUCGAAGACGCUGCUUCUACUGACAACAAACCUGAAGAGUCUAAAUCUAAAGAAUCUGUUUCGACAGCUACUCCAGCCGUUGCUGGUUCUGAUGAUGUUUGGACUUUAACUCCCGGUGUUUACUAUCGUUGGCGUGAUUGGCGACUAAUUCGAGCAAAUGAUUCUUUAUUUGUUUGGUGUGACGCUGUUGCGUUAGAAUUGAGUGACGGCUCAAAUGGCUGGCUACGUUUCUUAAUGAAUGGACGCUUAAGUACAUUAUACAGCAGUGGAAGCCCAGAAUAUGGUGCGGAUAAUGCAGAUACUCGUGCAGAAUUUUUUGAAAAAAUAAGAAAAGCGAAAAGUUCAAUCCCAGUUGGUGCUCCUUCCCAUUCAAUUUUAUCAAUUCCUCGCCCAGAAAAAACAACAAAACCAUUAGAAUCUGGAAAUUGGCUUUUAAAUUCGUCAGAAUUAAAUACUUUAAAUAUUACAAAUAAAGAAGGAAUUCAACAAAAAAUGACAAUAAAAGAUGAUAUGCCAGGAUUUGUAUUUGAAUCGAGUAGACAACAAAAACAAAUGUUUACUGCAGAAUCUACAUUAGGCCACGAUUUUGUGACUGGAUGGGCAGCUCGAGGAGGUGGUCGACGCCUUCGCUAUUUCCGCGUAGAAGUUCAAAAACAGAAAGUUGGAGAGCUUGCAAAAGAAAUUUGGGAAAAUUAUUUAAAAGAAGUUUGUGAUAGACCGAGAGAAGCAGUCCAAGAAAUUUUAAAAUGUUGUGAAGCAUUGGAUAAAUUGGCAAAUGAAAUUGUUGAAAUGGAAGGAAAAGAUGAUUGGGAUGAAGAAGGAAAAAAUUUGGAAAAGAGUAAAAAUGAGUUUGUUUCAAUACUCAAAAAAAUUCGCUCUUCUUUAUCUGAUGAUCGUCAAUUAUCUAUUUUUGAAAUUUCAAUUUCGGGUCUUGUUCCAGCUCUUUUGAAUUUGGUAAAAUUAAUUGAAGCAAAUCCAUCUGGAAUACUUGCUGAAUUGUUUACUGAGAUUUUCUUUAAUCCUCGUGAUUUGAGCGCUUUAGUUCGCAUUGUAAUUCUUGUAUUGGAAUCAAUGGAAAAAUUUCCUCAAUUUUUAUAUGAUUGUCCAGGGGGAAGUCCUUUUGGUUUUCAACUUUUAACAAGACGUUUACGUUUUCGAUUUGAAAAUGCAAAGAAAAAGAAUUCUGCUCCUUCAACUUUAAAAAGUGAAAGAGAAUUUGUUGAUAUAACAAAUCGUUCACUCAAAGCAGAGCCAUUAGUAACAAUUGCAGCAUUAAAAUCAUAUCUUAAUGAACAUUUUACAAAUUCAAAAAAUUCAACAGCAACCACUACUUCCACUACCACAACUUCAACAAAUUUACAACAUUAUACUCGUCCACCAACUGCAGCAUCAUUAAGAAUUGCAAGAAAAUUGCCUAAAUAUGUUGAAAAGAUUGCUUCAAAUGUUUCGACAGCUGCUACAAAUAUAACCGAUUUAAGAAAGAAAAAUAAUUCUGGGGAAGCUGAUACAACUACAAAAACAAAUAAUGGACGUAAUGCUGCUAGUAUAAAUGCUGCUAAUACAAAUCCUUGGAGUACACGUGAUUCUAGUUGUUUGGAAAAGGUUUUUCUUUUAAUUUUUUAAUGGAGUAGUUCAAAGUCUUUGUCUAAAAUUAGGGGGGAUAACUUUAGUUUUCGAUAAAUACUAUAUCUAUUGUUUUUCAAUUAUUUCUUACCAAAAUAUCGAUUUUGGAGGAAAUUUUAAGGGAGAGGAAAAACAUUUUUGUG